GUGUGUUUGAAAGAGCAGAGCAGAAGUCAGUCCAUUGUUUCUGCAGGUUGUCUUCCUUUACCAGACAAAAGACUUGUACACAGAGCAGCAGAGACUCUGUCAUGUUUCUCUUCUUGAUGUUGGGACUUCUGGUCUGCUCAGAACCACCAGGUUCCAGUGCUGUGACGCCUCGGUUUGUGCUGAAGGGAGAAGAUGUCACUCUGGAUGUCCAGAAACCUGAUAUUCAAGAAACAACCAUAUUUGCAUGGAGGUUCAAGAGAGAAGACAAUGUAGUGAGAUUAGUUAAUGAUGAAGUAUUUAUCUCUACAAACUACAGAGGAAGGGUUGAGUUUUCAUCAGUAGAUUACUCUUUGCUGUUGAAGAGUCUAACAGAAGCUGACAGUGGAGUUUAUUCUGCACUGCUGUCUGGGGACAGAGACCUGAAAGUGGCUGAAUAUGAAGUCACAGUUCAAGAGCCAGUGUCUCCAGUUCACCUGACAGUGAACUCCUCCAGCUCAGACUCCUGUAACGUCACUGAGACCUGCAGCAGUCAGGACUCUUCCAUCAGCAGCACUUUGACAUGUGACGGAGGAAACUGCUUUCUGGAGGGAGGAGAGAGGUCAGAGGUCACAGCCUCUGCUGCCUCCAUCAGAGUCUACCUGUUGAGUGGGUCAGUCAUCUGUAACCAUAGCAACCAGGUCAGCUGGAGAGAGGACAGGAAGGAGACUGAUGCUCUCUGCUGGUUAGAUGCUGGUCCACAGAGUCUCUCUGGUGUCUCUGUGUAUCUCGUGAGGACGGUCGUGUUCUCGGUCGGUCUGAUCAUCAUGGUGUCUGUGGUGAUCGGCGUCAACCUCCUGGUCAGGCUCAGAAAGAAAGAGUGAACCAUCAACCUCCACCAACCACACUCUCAAAUCCUUGUAUAAAAUUUACAUUGCUGGCUCUGAGCUGCACCCUGCAAAUACUUUAAAGGUGCUAAAGACAGGAAGUACAUAAAACUUCAAGAGGACGCACAGGACCACAUUAGAACGGACAUGAAGAAGAAGUCUUAGACACACAUAUAACGCUCUUUCAACUAUUCUAAAGUCUAAAUUAAAGAAGUAAUCUGUUAUACUGGUGACAGCUUUGUUGCUAAUUUCUCAUCAGUGUGGGAAGUGCACUACAUUUCCCAGAGAUCACAACAUUAUUUUGGUUUUGAACUGGAGAACAAGCACCUCUCUGCUCUUUUGUCUUUGCUCCUCUUACAUAAUUACGGCUCCAGUACCUCAUUUGGGUGGAAAAUUUUGGUUUGCGGAGUCCUGCUGUUGCAUAUAAUCAAGAUGGAGGAGUAUGCCUUUACCAUCUACUGUUUGUGUCAAGCAGGAAUUGAGCAGCGCAAAUCUGCUCUUCAUUUAAACUCUGUGUUGAUUGUCUUUUCCCUUUUUCAUUGUUCAUCUUAUAGUUGUUAAAUAUUGUACCAUCUUGUACAUGUUGUACUGCACAGUUGUUA